AUGGAGUUAACAAAUGAUGUGGAAAAAAAGCUCAAACAAGUGUCAGACAGGAGAACUGUCAUCUUUGGAAAAACUGGAGUCGGGAAAAGCAGCCUGGCUAACACCAUAUUUGGAGAGAAACUGUUCAAGGCCUCCCACACUCUCAACUCUGAAACAAGAGAAUGUCAAGCAGAAACCAGAUCUGUCAAUGGUAGAAACAUCACUUUGAUCGACACUCCUGCUUUCCUCGACACAGAUAAAUCUGAGGAGGAGCUGAAGCCUGAGAUAGUGAGGUGUAUCACAGAGUGCACUCCUGGGCCUCAUGCUUUUCUUAUUGUGCUGAAAGUGGAGAAAUUCAUUGAGCAGGAGCAGGAUGUCAUCAACAAAAUAUCCGAGUACUUUUCUGAAGAGGUUUUCAAAUAUGCAUCAGUCGUCUUCACUCAUGGAGACCAGCUCCUUGAAGGAGAGACAAUAAAGAAUUUUGUCGACCAGAAUCAGUUUGUGACCAAUCUAGUGAAGAAGUGCGGAGGCCGCUGCCACGUCAUUGAUAAUAAAUACUGGAACAACCAACAGGAUGAAUACAGGAACAACCAGUUCCAGGUGAAGGAGCUGCUUAAGUCAAUAGACAAGACAUUUGAAGCAAACGAAGGAGGCUGCUACACCAAUGAGAUGCUACAAGCAGUGGAGGACAAAAUACAACAAGAGGAGGCGCGCAUCAGAAAGUCACCAGGAAACAUGUCAGAUGAAGAGAUCAGGAAACAGGCUAAGGGCAAUGUAUUUACAAAGCUUUUGACCCAACUGGUAGAUUGUGCAAAAGGUGCACUGGUAAGUGCGCUCACAGGUGCACGUAAUGCAGUGGGAGUGAUGAUAAGACGUAUUACAGGGCAUGAUGCAGCUGAGGGAGCAGACACAACACAAAUAACAGCAGAGACAGCAGAAGAGGCUGUCGAGAAUUCUUUCUGACUCUUAAAGGAGAGGAGAAUUUAUCAUGAAGAAAUGAAUGUAGAUUACAUAAAACAUCUUGUUCUAAACAAUCUUUAACCACUGAGCUGAUUGUGUUUAUUCAUAUGAAAUAUGUAAGAGCUUGUAUGUCUUGUCUGAGCUUCAAACUGCAGUUGUUUUCUCCUGU